GUGACAAGAGCGAAUUCGCUAAAACUAUAGAGACCAACUCGCAGGCUCGCAGCCGGCCUCUCCGCCUCCGGCUCUCCCCUCCUCGAGCGCUUUCGGCACCGUAGUUCGGUACGAUGGCAGCGGCGGCCCCGACGAGGGCAGAGGUGCUGUCGCUUUUCCGGUCCUUACUCCGCACGGCGAAGCAGUUCUCGGACUACAACAUCCGCGAGUACACACGCCGACGCGCCGCGGACGCCUUCCGCGAAAACAGCGCCCUCUCCGACGCGCCGUCCGCCGCCGCCUUGUUUGCGGUGGGGAAGCAGCAGCUAGAGGUUGCGAAGCGACAAGCGGUGAUUUACUCAAUCUACGCCCCCAAGGCCAAGAGCGUGAUGGAGUUGAAGGUGCAGUGAUGGACGAGGUGCUGCGCCCUUUUCUUCCUCAUCGUUUUCCUUUCCGAAUUCGUUUCUUUUCUGUGACGAUGAAACUAUAAACUGUUGCAUUAUCACGUUUGCUGGAUGAUUGUCAUGAUAUAGCUUCUUACUGUGCAAUAAAUUACUAAAUUUUAUUGCUA